AUGGCUCCUCCGGCAGCAGACCUGCCCCUCGGCCAACGGAUGGCAAGGCUGGCCCAGACUCUGCAGUGUACGCAUUUGACCCUAAUACUCUCCCUUUUCCGAUACUCGCUGUCAUGGCUCCGCAUGAACUACUACUCCGGAAUGGCCCGGUUUUCUUACCGCCUCACCUUCAUCGCCGCCGCUGUCACGUACGGCAUCGUGGUCUACAAGACGUGGCGGGCUCGCCAAAAGACGGGCGCAAAGCAGCCCGGCGGUGCUCUGGGAUAUCUGUCUGACGAGAACAUCCAGUAUCUGGCCAUGGCCAUCGUGUGGCUCUUCAUGCCCCAGUAUCCCCUCGCCAUGCUCCCCUAUGGCAUCUACUCGGUAUUCCACGUCGCCACCUAUACUCGUGCCAACCUCAUCCCCACGAUUGUACCCCCCAAGGUCAUCGCCCCCGCCGGCGCUUCGCCGAACGGUAAGCCACAGUAUGCGACUCAUCCGCUCGCCGAUUCAAUUGGCGGGUUCGUCAAGCAAUAUUACGACAUGUCCAUGUCGGUCGUCUCGGGGCUCGAGAUCCUCUUGUGGGUCCGCCUGUUGUUCUCCGCCAUCCUCUUCCAGCGCCGCUCGUGGAUCCUCCUCGCCGUCUACACCGCCUUCCUCCGCGCCCGCUUCUCCCAGAGCAGCCACGUGCAGAACUCAUUCGCCCAGCUCGAGGCCCGCGUCGACAACCUCGUCGGUGCCCAGGGCACGCCGCCGGUGCUCCGCCAGGUCUGGGACGGCGCCAAGGGCGGUGCGAGGCAGUUUCACUCGGCCACCGACGUCAACAAGUACGUCAACGGCACCGCUGCUCCCAAGAAGACGUCUUUACUGCGCCAAAUCGUGGCCGGGCCCCGCUCCCAGCACUCGGAGACGGGCCUUGACCUCUGCUAUGUCACCUCUAACAUUAUCGCGACCUCCGGCCCCUCCCAGACAUACCCGCAGCUGGCAUACCGCAACCCGCUGGACCGGCUAGUCGCCUUCCUCGACGCCCGGCACGGCGACGGCUGGGCGAUAUGGGAGUUCCGGGCCGAGGGGACCGGAUACCCGGACGAGGCCGUCUACGGCCGGAUCCGGCACUACCCGUGGCCGGACCACCACCCGCCACCGUUCGCGCUCGUGCCCAUGAUCAUGGCCAGCAUGCGGAACUGGCUGAGCGGGGGCGCGCUGGAUGGCGGAAGGGUGGAGGACGACGCGGGAGGGGAUGGCCACGACGGCGACGGCGACGGCAAAGAUAAGAAGAGGGAGAAGACGAAAACGAAGAAGGAUGACAGGGUGGUGGUCGUGCACUGCAAGGCCGGCAAGGGCCGAUCCGGCAGCAUGGCGUGCAGCUACCUCAUCUCCGAGUGCGGCUGGGCGCCCGAGGACGCGCUCGCGCGCUUCACCGAGCGGCGGAUGCGGCCGCGGUUCGGCGCCGGCGUCAGCAUCCCCAGCCAGCUGCGGUGGAUCAGCUACGUGGACAGGUGGACCAAGGGCGGCAAGAGGUUCGCGGACCGGCCCGUCGAGGUGCUCGAGGUGCACGUCUGGGGCCUGCGGCACGGCGUCAAGGUGUCGGUGGAGGGCUUCGCCGACGAGGGGAAGCGCAUCGAGGUCCUGCACACGUUCACGGGCGACGAGCGCAUCGUCGUCGAGGCCGGCGCGCCCGGCGGCGCGGGCAUCGUCGAUCUGGUCUCCGACAUGGCUGGGUACGGCAUCGCCGGUGCCGACGAUGACGACGAGAUCGUCGAGGAUGCAGACUACCGGGGGAUCGCGCGCGGUCAGGGGAUAAGGGCCAAGGGUGACAGGACGCCCGAGAGAAGCAGCUCCAAGGCCUCGAACGGCAGCUCAAAGGCAUCGUCCUUCUUCCUCAGGAUGACAAACUCCAUGCCCAAGGCCACGUCGAGCAACAGGAACGUCACCGGCAGCCCCAACAGGCUCAGCCGCCACGCCAAGAGCAGAACUAUCACCAUCCCAGACUCCCCCGCCUCAUCGCCAAACCCGCCCACCACCCCGCCUCCCACCGAGGCGCCCGGAUCCCCCUCGGCGACCUUCGCGUCGGCCUCGGAGCCCGGCGGCCAGGCCGUCGUCUUCCGCCCGCGAUCGCCGAUCCGCCUCGCCGGCGGCGACGUCAAGGUCGCGCUGGAGCGGCGCAACCGGGCGCCGCGGCUGGGCGACGGGUGGACGGUUGUGACGGCCGUGGCGCACGCGUGGUUCAACGCCUUCUUCGAAGGGGGCGGGGCGGAGGCGGAGGGGGCCGCCGGGGCGCCGGACGAGAGCGGCGUGUUCGAGGUGCCCUGGGAGGGCAUGGAUGGGAUCAAGGGGUCGAGUAGGAAGGGGGCCAAGGCGUGCGAUCGCGUUGCUGUUGUGUGGAGGUUCGUUGGGGAGGGGGAGGGAGUUGUGGGCGAGCCUGCGCUGGGGGGCCCCGUGCCGCAGAUGAGACCGGCGGAUUGGAAGGGCGCGAAUGAGGUGGAUCCCGAAGGGGGGAAACGCCUGGGUCUCCGGGCGGAGGAGCCAGACAGCGUGGCGGUUAGUAAGGCGAGUAGUAUCAGGAGUCAGGAGGGGGCUGGAGGGGAAGGCACUCAGCCUGGCCCUGGUGCUGAAUCACAGGAGGAUGACUCAAUUAAGGGAGUCAAGACCAGUGGCCCGUCUGGGGAGGAGAUCCUGGAUGAGCCUCUAGGGGCCGAGCGCGAGCCUGAGCUGGGUUGA